GAGGAAGGAGACUAGGAAGUGACGGCGUGGCUGUGUGUGUGGAGAUGGUUCUAACAGGCUGUUGUCUGGACGACUGUGGAACACACUGCUGGUCUGCGGAGACGUCCUGAACACACACUCACACUCUGACAACACACACACACACACACACACACACACACACUCACACUCUGACAACACACACACACACACACACUCUGACAACACACACACACACACACUCUGACACGGUGACAACACACACACGACGCUGCCAGUGCAGCGAGAACGGAUUCGUAUCCACAAACUCUCUCCCCUCCAUCAUACACACACACACACACACACACACACUCUUGACUGUGUGUCCCAGUCGUGGUAGCUAGCGCGCGUGUGUGUGUGUGAGACCGCCACAAUGCCUAGCUCCACUAUCAGACGUUCUGUGAAGAACAUGGUGAACAAUUACUCCGACGCGGAGAAGAAAGUCCGGGAGUCCACUUCCAACGACCCCUGGGGCCCUUCGUCCUCUCUGAUGUCAGAGGUGGCCGACCUGACCUAUAACGUGGUGGCGUUCAGCGAGAUCAUGAGCAUGAUCUGGAGACGCCUCAACGACCACGGGAAGAACUGGAGGCACGUUUACAAGGCGCUGACGCUGCUCGACUACCUGAUUAAGACAGGGUCAGAGCGCGUGGCCCUACAGUGUAAAGAGAACAUCUUUGCCAUUCAGACUCUGAAGGAUUUCCAGUACAUCGACAGAGACGGAAAGGACCAGGGAAUCAACGUCAGAGAGAAGAGCAAACAGCUGGUGGUUCUGCUGAAAGACGAGGAGAGACUGAAAGGUGAGCGUUCCCAGGCUCUGAAGACGAAGGAGAGGAUGGCCCAGGUAACCACUACAGGGGCGGUGACACCAGGUCAGGGUUUUGGCAGAGGUUCGUCUCAACCCAACCUGUCGACCUCCUACAGCGAGGAGUACGGCAAGUCAGAGGGGUCACCUGCAUCUUACCACGGCUCCACGUCUCCGGUUCCAGGCUCAGAGUUGGAGCAGGCCCGCCCCCAGACCAGUGGAGAGGAGGAGUUACAGCUGCAGUUAGCCCUGGCCAUGAGCAGAGAGGCUGCUGAACAGGAGGAUAGGAUGCGUCGGGGAGAUGACCUGAGACUCCAGAUGGCGCUAGAGGAGAGUCGUAAAGGAAAAGCCCUCGGUGAUACCGGCUCUGGAAAGUUAGCCAAGAAGAAAAGAGAGCAGGCCCAGUCCUCUCUGUUGGAUCUGAUGGAUGUACCAGAGGGGGAUUCGUCCGACCCCUGGGGGGCGGGAGGAGCUGCCGCCCCACCAGAUCCCUGGCAGGCCUACGGUGCAGCCCCAAAACCAGUGGCUCCGGUCGACCCCUGGGGCCCACCGUCCUCCUCUGUUGCCCCCAUGAAGAGCAGUGAUCCCUGGGGAACCAACGCUGCUCCUGACCCCUGGGGUUCUGGAGGAACACGACCCAAUGCCACCUACUCAGGUGAUGGUCGGGGUCUCUCCUCCCUGACUAGCGGUACCGAGGACCUGUUUGACCCUCUCCCCAGCAGGAAGACCCCAGAGUCCUUCCUGGGUCCUAAUGCAGCAUUGGUCAACCUGGACUCACUGGUCACCAAGCCUCCUCAGCCUGCUCCUGUAGUCAACCCCUUCCUCGCUGCCGCAGUCCCUGUAGCCGCCCCCAGGCCAACCCGUUCCAGAUGGGCCAGCCUAACCCCCUACCUUAAACCAGAUGAGGAUCAGCCCUAUGCCAGGCCUGAGUCUGGGAGGUGGUGCAGGCCCCUGGGGAUGGUCCCCCUGACGGGCCACAUGGUCCCCGGGAUUGGAGGGAUGGGGGGUAUCCCAACCUCUGUGUCUAUGUCCCAGCCCCUGUUCAGUUCAGCUCUGCCCCCCACAGCGGGCACACAUCCUCCUGGGACCACCAACCCCUUCCUGUUGUGA